AUGUCUACCAAUGUCGGAUCUGCCAACAAGACCGGCGACCAUGCAUUUGAUAUCGUGAAUACCCAGAGCACCACAACAGCCCAAAGCACCACACCCUUUGACGAGAAGACUACUGUUCACACGGACAAUGAAAAAUUUGACAUGGAGGCUGCUCCAGAGCAAGAGCCCAGCCCAGAGGAUGUAUACCGGACAGCAUCUACCGUGGCACCGUCCCAAAGAUCAACAAGAAGAGAUCCCGUUAGUCGAGUGACCACAGACGCCGAAGGGAACACCUACCCAGAAGGCGGCCUCGAAGCCUGGUUGGUAGUUCUGGGCAGCUUCCUCGGUCUCUUCGGAUCGCUGGGUCUGGUCAACACCAUUGGCACCUUCCAAGCAUAUAUCCAAACCCAUCAACUGAAGGAAUACAGCUCGGGAAGCAACGGUUGGAUAUUUGGAAUGUUUGCUUUUCUCACUUUCUUUUGUGGAGUGCAAGUCGGUCCCAUCUUCGAUGCUCGAGGCCCACGCCUUCUCGUCUUCGCGGGUUCCGUGUUUCAAAUGGCCAUGAUCAUCCUCCUCGGCUUCUGCACCGAAUACUGGCACUUUAUGCUGGUCAUCGGUGUGCUAGGUGGAGUGGGUGCGACCUCUUCCCCCAAGAUUGGCUGGGCCUGGGCCACCCGGGUUGUCGCUUUGAUCUGCCUAAUUGUGCUAUCAAUUGCAAAUCUCUUGAUCAGGUCUCGACUCCCGCAGAAGCCAUUUUCCAAGGAGAACGUGCUUCCUGACUUCCGCAUCUUCCGAGACCCGCGAUUCGCACUUACCACUGCCAGCGUCUUCUUUAUCGAGUGGGGUCUUUUCGUGCCAAUCAGCUACAUUUCAUCCUACGCCCUCGACCAUGGAUUUCCCACCAAGUUCUCGUACCAGAUCAUUGCCAUCUUGAAUGCCGGCUCAUCUUUUGGGCGAUGGCUGCCCGGCUUCUUUGCCGAUUUCCUUGGUCGCUUUAACACUUUGAUUGCGACGGUAGCACUUUGCGUGCUCUGUAACGCCUGCCUGUGGCUCCCUGCUGGAGAUAGUUUGCCUCUGCUGGUCGUUUACGCUGCUCUCUUUGGAUUCUCAAGCGGCAGCAAUAUCAGCCUGACGCCAGUCUGUGUCGGCCAGCUCUGUAAAACCGAAAACUAUGGCCGGUAUUACGCAACUGCCUAUACCAUAGUGAGCUUCGGCACUCUCACCGGAAUCCCAAUUGCAGGUGAGAUCCUGGCACGCUGCAAUGGAUCCUACUGGGGCCUUAUCACCUUUACUGUCUGCUGCUAUGCGGCUGGCCUUGCAUGUUGUACCGCCGUAAAGGUCAUCCAAGUUGGCUGGCGUCACCCUCUCGCGAUCUAUUAA